GCAGCGUCCUUCGCAGCAUCCUCCCAGGCCCGGUCCCCCCGCCCCCCCAACGCCGCACGGAUGGUACGCUCCAGUCCGCCUGGCCCGGCUGCAGUGGAUGUUGCUAGAACCCACGCGGAGGAAGGAAGAGACGCAGACAGGCUGCGGUGACCCAAGCGGCCGCCCCUGCCUCAGGGACCCGUUCCCCGAGAGACGGCACCAUGACCCAGGGAAAGCUCUCCGUGGCUAACAAGGCCCCCGGGACUGAGGGCCAGCAGCAGGCAAACGGUGAGAAGAAGGAGGCUCCAGCAGUGCCCUCGGCCCCACCCUCCUAUGAGGAGGCCACCUCUGGGGAGGGGCUGAAGGCAGGGGCAUUUCCCCCAGCCCCCACGGCUGUGCCUCUCCACCCAAGCUGGGCCUAUGUGGACCCCAGCAGCAGCUCCAGCUAUGACAAUGGCUUCCCCACCGGAGACCAUGAGCUCUUCACCACCUUCAGUUGGGACGACCAGAAAGUUCGCCGAAUCUUCAUCAGAAAGGUUUAUACCAUCCUGCUGAUCCAGCUGCUGGUGACCUUGGGUGUUGUGGCUCUCUUUACCUUCUGUGACCCCGUUAAGGACUAUGUCCAGGCCAACCCAGGCUGGUACUGGGCAUCCUAUGCCGUGUUCUUUGCAACCUACCUGACCCUGGCUUGCUGUUCUGGACCCAGGAGGCAUUUCCCCUGGAACCUGAUUCUCCUGACUGUCUUUACCCUGUCCAUGGCCUACCUCACUGGGAUGCUGUCCAGUUACUACAACACCACAUCUGUGCUGCUGUGCCUGGGUAUCACGGCCUUUGUCUGCCUCUCAGUCACCAUCUUCAGCUUCCAGACCAAGUUUGACUUCACCUCGUGCCAGGGUGUGCUCUUCGUGUUGCUCAUGACUCUUUUCUUCAGCGGACUCAUCCUAGCCAUCCUCCUGCCCUUCCAAUAUGUACCCUGGCUCCACGCAAUCUAUGCAGUGUUGGGAGCAGGCGUGUUCACAUUGUUCCUGGCAUUUGACACGCAGUUGCUGAUGGGGAACCGACGCCACUCGCUGAGCCCCGAGGAGUAUAUUUUUGGAGCCCUCAACAUUUACCUAGACAUCAUCUACAUCUUCACCUUCUUCCUGCAGCUUUUUGGCACCAACAGGGAAUGAGGACCCCUCCCCGCCCCCUCCCCCCUCCAGAGAAUGCUCCCUUCCUGGACCUCUGACCCUCCCCUGUGCUCCUUUCGAGACCUGAUAUAAAAGUAGCUGCCAACCCA